AUGGGGGAUGUAGAGAAAGACGGCGACGAACCAGACGACUAUCAGAGCGAGAUCCAGAAGCUCCAGACCCGUUUUGGUAGUGUGUCACCGUCCAAGUCUGCUGCCAGAGGUGAAGGUCAGACGCCCGGCUUCCAGAAGGACGGCUUCUGGUCCUGGGUGGCGUGUUUCUGUGCCACCAUGAACCAGCUGCUCAUCUUCGGCACCGUCAACGUGUACUCACUGUUUCUCGUCAAGUUUGUCAAAGAGUUUGGCUGCUCUACGGCUGAGGCAGCCUGGCUGGGCUCCAUGACGUUCGGCUUGAUGAAGCUGCUGGGCCCACUGAGCAGCUCCCUCAACAUCCACCUCAACAACCGGGUUGUCAUGAUUCUGGGCGCUGUUCUCUGUACGCUCUCGUUUCUGGCCUCGUCGUUUGCACCAAACUUUAUGACAUUGUUUGGGACCCUGUGUGUACCGUUUGCUACCGGCGCGGCUUUCACGAUCACGCCCUCCGUUGUCGUCCCUGUCAUCUACUUCCGUCAACAUCAGAGCGUUGCCAUGGGUAUCGUGGCGUCAGGCAGCAGUCUCGGCAUGUUGAUUCUGGCACCUGUCGUACAGAUCAUGUUGGACGCCCUCAACUGGAGGAUCAUGUUUCGAAUCCAUGCCGGCGCCCUCUCCUUCCUGAUAUUCCUCAACUUUUUCAUCAAGCCGGUCAAACGACAAAAACCCAUCAGCGACAACAAAAAACCAUUCUGUGCCUCAAUGAUCGAGGACCUCACACUGUGGAAGAACAGGGUCUUUUUGCUGUGGGCCUUUUCAAUGGCCAUCGUUUACUUCGGCUAUCAGAUCCCUAACAUGCUUCUCGUUAGCUAUGCGGGUUUUCUGGGCAUCAGUGCGUCUCGAGCUUCAUACAUCGUCAUGGCAAUGGGCGGGGCUACCACGGUGUCACGCCUCAUCACCGGCAAGAUACUCACAUGUCAGCUGCUCAGUCGACUCCAUUUUAAACAAACAAUCUUCGUCGUCAUGGGAACCAGUUACCUUCUCCUGGCUCACGUCACAACCAUAGAGGGUCUGUACGUGUUUGCUGUGGUCCGUGGUCUGCUAGACGGGGCCCACAUCGUCAUGUUGCCCAUGUUGACGGCCUCCAUGGUCGGGCAGAACAAGGCCCUUCUUGGGUGGGGCUACAUCGCCGGCGCUAUCUCAAUUACCUACACAAUAGGGCCCCCUAUUGCAGGCUACUUAAAAGACGUGACAGGGAAUUACAAAAUGCCGUUUACGGUUGCCGGCUUGCCGAUGAUCGCAUCCGGUCUUCUGCUCUUCUGGCUGCCCUGGGCUCAAAGGACGGAGAAAACAGAAUCUUUAGCCGACAUUAUCAGUAUCCAUGAUAGACUCGAUGAGGUCAAAAGCGAUGAGACGAUAUCAAAAAGACGACACACCAUCUCUAAAGUUUUUCCAUACCCUGUAAUUCGAGAGCUGGAACUGAUGCCAUUAGAUGUUCCAGACAUUGUCAAGUCCCCGCCGACUUCAAUCAAACACACGCCAUCUUUUAAACCCAAGCGGAAGAAAUUUAACCUGGUCCAAAAAUCUGCCUCGCUGCCAGAGACAAGAGAUAUCCCUGUCUUUGGUAACAAGACACCCAAAGUCAAAAGUGAACCUUUAAUCUCAUUCAAAGAUGGCUCGCUAGAACUAUUGGCUGAAGGUUCUUCCACCAAAAAACGGUUACAGUUGGAAGAAGACGUGGACUUUUUGUCCUGGAGAUCUCCACUCAACCCAGACACGGGGUCCUUCUCUACCCACCCCGCAGGGUCGACUGAGGAGAGGGAACCUCCCCAAAUACAGCAGCGACCAGCCUCUUCCAGGAGAGCCAGCGGUCCUCUGUCUGUCACAUGUGUAGAGUCAACCUCAAUCUAUUCCAAAGUGUCAGACUAUUUCAGUGAAAAGUCUGGAGAGGAUGAUAUACAGGUAAACAUCAGGUUUUAG